GCAAACACAACACCGCGUUCUUCUUCUCAUCAGUCAGUCAAACUCAAAACUCAACACCAUGACCCCAAAAUCCCUCUUCUUCUUCUCCACCACCCUCGCUCUUCUCAUCCUCCUCAUACCCAUCUCUGCCCAAAUCUCCAACCCGAACCCGAAACCGACCCAAUCCCUAUCCGCGGCCCACACUGAGCUUACCAACUAUGGCUUCCCAGUCAGACUCUUACCCUCCUCAGUCCAUGGCUACUCCAUAAACAAGACCUCCAGCGACUUCUCCGUCGAGCUCGGCGGCGACUGCAAGAUCACUCUCCCGCCGGACAACUACCUCGCCACCUAUUCCAGGACAGUCAGGGGAAAGAUCGUUUCGGGUAAGAUCGCUGAGCUCGACGGGAUUCGGGUCCGUGCGUUGUUCAGGUGGUGGUCCAUCACCGGGAUCCGAUCCACCGGCAAAGACUUGGUGUUCGAGGUCGGCAUGGUCAGCGCCAAGUACCCCUCCAAGAACUUCGACGAGAGCCCCGAUUGCGAAGGUAAACACUCCUCUUCGUGAGUGAGCGAGUGAGGUAUGAAUUCAAAUCCCAAUUCAAUUCGCUCUUAAUUAGGGUUUUGAAUUGAUCAGAGAAAUUCGAGACUAAAGUAUGUGUUGUGCGUUAUGAUUAGUAUUGAAUUAACAUCUCUGAGUGAUAAUUCUUAAUUAGUAAUUAUUGAUUUAAAAUAUAAAAAUUGAUUGAAUCGAAUUGUGCUCUAUGUAUCUCGAUUAUUCCUGAAUAUUCUGUAUAGCACGAGCAAAAUAAAAUAGUUGCUGUCUUUUUU